AUGGUCUCGGACUGGCCCAAGGCCGAUCCCUCAACCUGGAACCGCGCGCAGCGUGUCAUCGAUCACCUCAAGCUGUACCCCAUCUACCCGGACCAGCCGCCGCCCCAGUUCGCGCCCACGGACAAGAUUCCCUUCAUGCCUGCCUGGUCGCAGCACCGCUACAUCCUCGUCUUCGCCGCCGUGCCGCUCCUCCUGCACCAGGCCUGGGUCUCCCUGACCGGCUGGCCCGUCAGCAAGGUCGCCGCCAUCAUCUUCUACUACACGGCGUACAAGCUCAUCGCCGUGCGUGAGGUGCGCCUCCUGCGCGGGCUCAUCUACGAGCACGGCGUGCUGGACGGCGCGGUCGCUCGCGACGGCAUCCCGAACACGGGAACGUGGAAGAUCAUCGGCGAGCUGGAGAAGACGACGGGCUUCCGUAUGGUCCUGGCCGUGCUGCUGACCUACGACCCCAAGGUGUCGCCGCUGGACGCCUUGAGCGACACCAGCACCUGGACGCCCUUCUUCCUCAAGCUCUGCCUGUACGGGGUUACCCUGGACUUCUUCUUCUACACGUAUCAUCGCGCCUGCCACGAGAUUCCCGGCCUGUGGAAGUACCAUCGAACCCAUCACCUGGCUAAGCAUCCUACCGCCGUGCAUUCCGGGUUCGCGGACGACGAGCAGGAGAUUCUUGAGAUCCUCAUCGUCCCCUUCCUCACGUACAUGACCCUUCGAGCCGUCGGCUUGCCCCUCGGCUUCUACGAGUGGUGGAUAUGCUUCGAGUACCUCACCUGGGCCGAGGUUUGGGGCCACUGCGGCCUUCGCGUCCACGGCAUCGUCCCGUCGCCCAUCUCGGCCGUGCUGGGUCUGCUCGACAUGGAGCUGGCGCUUGAGGACCACGACCUGCAUCACCGCAAGGGUUGGAAGAAGAGCUUCAACUACGGGAAGCAGACGCGGGUAUGGGAUCGCCUGUUUGGCAGCUGCACGAGCAGACUGGAGGCGAGCAAAGACAACGUCGACUACGGGAAGCUCGUGCCCAUGCCUCUGAGUUAG